CAGCUUGACAUUACAUUCCCAAAUUGUGAGCUUUCCACUACUUGGAUUUGUGGACCUCACGCUGGUCCGGGCUUACAAGAUGCUAAGGUUUUCUUUCUUUUCCAGGCCUCUUCAUCACCAGUGCAUUUUCUUCAGGUCUGCCGGUGAGAUAACAGAACUCUGCCAUCAUGAGCGGUGACGCUGAGAUGGCCUGCUUCGGGGAAGCGGCCCAGUACCUGAGGAAGUCUGAGAAGGAGCGAAUUGAAGCCCAGAAUCGCCCCUUUGAUGCCAGGACUGCCUGUUAUGUUUCUGACGACAAAGAACUGUACGUGAAGGGUAUCAUCGAGAGCAAGGAUGGCGGCAAAGCCACCGUCAAGACCGAAGACAACAGGACGGUGACAGUCAAGGAGGACCAAGUCUUCCCCAUGAAUCCUCCCAAGUUUGACAAGAUUGAGGACAUGGCCAUGAUGACCCAUUUGAACGAGCCCGCUGUGCUGUUUAACCUCAAAGAGCGUUACGCAGCCUGGAUGAUCUACACCUACUCUGGGCUUUUCUGUGCCACCGUGAACCCCUACAAGUGGCUGCCAGUGUACAACCCCGAGGUUGUUGCCGGGUACAGAGGCAAGAAGCGUCAGGAGGCCCCACCACACAUCUUCUCCAUCUCUGACAACGCCUACCAAUUCAUGUUGACUGACCGUGAAAACCAGUCAGUUUUGAUCACUGGAGAAUCUGGUGCCGGAAAAACUGUCAACACGAAACGUGUCAUCCAGUACUUUGCGACAAUCGCAGCCAUCGGUGACAGCAAGAAGAAGCAGGAGUCCAAAAUUAAGGGAACUCUGGAAGAUCAAAUCAUCCAGGCUAACCCCCUGCUGGAAGCCUUCGGUAACGCCAAAACCGUGAGAAAUGACAACUCCUCCCGUUUCGGUAAAUUCAUCCGAAUUCACUUCGGCCCAAGUGGAAAGCUGUCCUCAGCUGAUAUCGAGACUUACCUGCUAGAAAAGUCCAGAGUGACAUUCCAGCUUUCAGCUGAAAGAAGCUACCACAUCUUCUACCAGAUUCUGUGCAACAAAAAGCCCGAGCUUAUUGACAUGCUUCUGGUUACCACCAACCCCUACGAUUUCCCAUACAUCAGCCAGGGUGAAAUUGCUGUGAAAAGUAUUGAUGACACAGUUGAGCUGAUGGCCACAGACGAAGCUAUUGACAUCCUGGGAUUCAAUGCUGAUGAGAAGAUGGGCAUCUACAAGCUGACUGGUGCAGUGAUGCACUAUGGUAACAUGAAGUUCAAGCAGAAGCAGCGUGAGGAGCAGGCCGAGCCCGAUGGCACUGAAGAUGCUGACAAGGCUGCUUAUUUGAUGGGCUUGAACUCUGCAGACCUUGUUAAGAACCUCUGCUACCCAAGAGUAAAGGUCGGCAAUGAAUUUGUGACCAAGGGACAGAGCGUCCAGCAGGUGUAUAACUCCAUCGGUGCUCUGGCAAAAUCCGUCUAUGAGAAGAUGUUCUUGUGGAUGGUCAUCCGUAUCAACCAACAGCUGGAUACCAAGCAACAAAGACAGCACUUCAUCGGUGUCCUGGACAUUGCUGGUUUUGAGAUUUUUGACUUUAACACUCUGGAGCAGCUCUGCAUCAACUUCACCAAUGAGAAGCUGCAGCAGUUCUUCAACCACCACAUGUUCGUCCUGGAGCAGGAAGAGUACAAGAAAGAGGGCAUUGAGUGGGAGUUCAUUGACUUCGGUAUGGACUUGGCCUCUUGCAUUGAGCUUAUUGAGAAGCCCAUGGGUAUCUUCUCCAUCCUGGAAGAGGAGUGCAUGUUCCCCAAAUCUACUGACACUUCCUUCAAGAACAAGCUGUAUGACCAGCAUCUGGGCAAGAACAACUGCUUCCAGAAACCCAAACCCGUCAAAGGCAAAGCUGAGGCCCACUUCUCCCUGGUCCACUAUGCCGGCACUGUGGACUACAACAUCUCUGGGUGGCUGGAGAAGAACAAGGACCCCCUGAACGAGUCCGUUGUGGGGCUCUACCAGAAGUCUUCUGUGAAGCUGCUGUCCUUCCUGUACUCCAGCUACUCAGCUACUGAUGAUGCUGGCUCCAAGGGAGGCAAGGGAGGCAAGAAGAAGGGUUCUUCUUUCCAGACCGUGUCUGCUCUUUUCAGGGAAAACUUGAACAAGCUGAUGUCCAAUCUGAAGACCACCCAUCCUCACUUUGUGCGUUGCUUGAUUCCCAAUGAAACCAAGACACCAGGUAUCAUGGACAACCAUUUGGUCAUGCACCAGCUGAGGUGUAACGGUGUCCUGGAAGGUAUCAGGAUUUGCAGAAAGGGUUUCCCCAGCAGAAUCCACUAUGGUGACUUCAAACAGAGAUACCGAGUUCUGAAUGCUAGCGCCGUCCCAGAAGGCCAGUUUAUGGACAAUAAGAAAGCCUCUGAGAAACUCCUGGGAUCAAUUGAUAUCGAUCACAGCCAGUACAAAUUUGGCCACACCAAGGUCUUCUUCAAAGCUGGUCUCCUGGGUGUUCUUGAGGAAAUGAGAGAUGAGCGUCUGGCACAGCUCAUCACUUGCACUGAAGCCGUGUGCAGGGGCUAUCUAAUGAGGAUUGAAUUCAAGAAGAUGAUGGAGAGGAGGGAGGCCCUCUAUUCCAUCCAGUACAACAUCCGCUCCUUCAUGAACGUCAAGCACUGGCCAUGGAUGAAGCUCUACUUCAAGAUCAAGCCUCUCCUGAAGAGUGCAGAGGCAGAAAAGGAGUUUGCCAACAUGAAGGAGGAGUUCACCAAAUGCAAGGAAGAUCUGGCCAAGUCUGAGGCAAGAAGGAAGGAGCUUGAGGAGAAGAUGGUGACUCUCGUCCAGGAGAAGAAUGACCUUCAGCUUCAGUUUCAAGCGGAAGCAGAAAACCUGGGUGAUGCUGAGGAAAGAUGUGAAGGCUUGAUCAAGGCCAAGAUCCAGCUUGAGGCUAAGGUCAAGGAGCUCAAUGAAAGACUGGAGGAUGAGGAGGAAAUGAACGCCGAGCUGACAGCCAAGAAGAGGAAACUGGAGGACGAGUGCUCAGAACUCAAGAAGGACAUUGAUGACCUGGAGCUCACCUUGGCCAAAGUAGAGAAGGAGAAACACGCCACUGAGAACAAGGUGAAAAACCUGACUGAAGAGAUGGCCACUCUGGAUGAGAACAUCUCCAAGAUGACCAAGGAGAAGAAGGCUCUUCAGGAGGCUCACCAGCAGACCCUGGAUGACCUGCAGGCUGAAGAAGACAAGGUCAACACUCUGAACAAGGCCAAGACUAAGCUGGAGCAGCAGGUCGAUGAUCUUGAAGGCUCACUGGAGCAAGAGAAGAAGCUCCGCAUGGACCUUGAACGUGCCAAGAGAAAGCUGGAAGGUGACUUGAAGCUUGCUCAGGAAACCAUCAUGGACUUGGAAAACGAAAAGCAGCAGCUGGAGGAGAAACUUAAAAAGCAAGACUUUGAAGUCUCCACACUGCUGAGCAAAGUAGAGGAUGAGCAGGCCCUCGGUGCCCAGCUGCAGAAGAAGAUUAAGGAGCUGCAGGCCCGAAUUGAAGAGCUGGAGGAGGAAAUCGAAGCUGAGCGCGCAGCCCGUGCCAAGGUUGAGAAGCAGAGAGCCGACCUGUCCAGGGAGCUGGAGGAGAUCAGCGAGAGGCUGGAGGAAGCCGGUGGUGCCACCUCUGCCCAGAUUGAGAUGAACAAGAAAAGGGAAGCCGAAUUCCAGAAAGUGCGCCGUGACCUGGAGGAGGCCACCCUUCAGCAUGAAGCCACCGCCUCCGCCCUGCGCAAGAAGCACGCAGACAGCGUGGCCGAGCUUGGGGAGCAGAUCGACAACCUCCAGCGUGUGAAACAGAAGCUGGAGAAGGAGAAGAGCGAACUGAAGAUGGAAGUGGACGACCUCUCUGGAAACAUGGAGUCCGUGGCUAAGUCGAAAGCCAACCUUGAAAAGAUGUGCCGCUCACUGGAGGACCAACUCAGUGAAGUGAAGACCAAAGGUGAUGAGAGCCACAGGCUUAUCAACGACCUCACCACACAGAAGGCUCGUCUGCAGACAGAAAACGGUGAAUUUUCUCGCCAGCUGGAGGAGAAGGAAUCCCUGGUCUCUCAGUUGACCAGAGGCAAGCAGGCCUUUACCCAGCAGCUUGAGGAGAUUAAGAGGCAACAUGAAGAGGAAGUGAAGGCCAAGAACGCCCUGGCCCACGCUUUGCAGUCUGCUCGCCACGACUGCGACCUGCUCCGUGAGCAGUUUGAAGAGGAACAGGAGGCCAAGGCUGAGCUGCAGCGCUCUCUGUCCAAGGCUAAUAGUGAAGUCGCUCAGUGGAGGACAAAAUACGAGACCGACGCCAUCCAGCGCACAGAGGAGCUGGAGGAGGCCAAGAAGAAGCUUGCCCAGCGUCUGCAGGAGGCUGAGGAGGCCAUUGAGGCCACCAACUCCAAGUGCUCCUCCCUCGAGAAGACCAAGCAAAGACUUCAGGGUGAGGUAGAAGACCUGAUGAUGGACGUGGAGAAGGCUAAUGCUGCUGCCGCUGCUCUGGACAAGAAGCAGAGGAACUUCGACAAGGUCAUGGCUGAAUGGAAACAGAAGUUCGAAGAGAGCCAAGCCGAGCUGGAAGCUGGCCUGAAGGAAGCUCGCUCCCUGAGCACAGAGAACUUCAAGAUGAAGAACGCUUACGAGGAGUCUCUGGAGCACCUUGAGACCAUGAAACGUGAAAACAAGAACCUGCAGCAGGAGAUCUCCGACCUCACAGAACAGCUGGCAGAGACAGGAAAGUCCAUCCAUGAGGUGGAGAAACUGAAGAAGCAAACUGAGCAGGAGAAGUCUGAGAUCCAGACAGCUCUGGAGGAGGCUGAGGCAUCCCUGGAACACGAGGAGAGCAAGAUCCUGCGUGCACAGCUUGAGCUGAACCAAGUGAAGUCUGAGGUGGACAGGAAGAUCGCAGAGAAGGACGAGGAAAUCGAGCAGCUCAAGAGGAACAGCCAGAGGUCCGUUGACUCCCUGCAGAGCACACUGGAUGCCGAGAUCAGGAGCAGGAACGACGCCUUGAGGCUGAAGAAGAAGAUGGAGGGAGACAUGAACGAGAUGGAGAUCCAACUGGGACAUGCCAACCGUCAGGCCUCUGAAGCCCAGAAGCACCUGAGGAACGUUCAGGCUCAACUCAAGGAGACUCAGCUGCACCUUGAUGAUGCUCUCAGAGGACACGAGGACAUGAAGGAGCAGGUGGCCAUGGUGGAGCGCAGGAACAACCUGAUGCUGGCUGAAAUUGAGGAGCUGAGAGCUUCCCUGGAGCAGACAGAGAGGGGCCGCAAGGUGGCAGAGCAGGAGUUGGUGGAUGCCAGCGAGCGUGUGCAGCUCCUGCACUCUCAGAACACCAGCCUUAUCAACAGCAGGAAGAAGCUGGAGAGCGAUCUUGGUCAGCUUCAAGGAGAGGUUGAGGAUUCCAUCCAGGAGGCCAGGAAUGCUGAAGAGAAAGCCAAGAAGGCCAUCACCGAUGCUGCCAUGAUGGCUGAGGAGCUGAAGAAGGAGCAGGACACCAGUGCUCACCUGGAGAGGAUGAAGAAGAACCUGGAGCAGACCGUGAAGGACCUGCAGCACCGCCUGGAUGAGGCCGAGCAGCUGGCCAUGAAGGGUGGCAAGAAGCAGCUCCAGAAACUGGAGUCCAGGGUGAGGGAGCUGGAGAACGAACUGGAAGGUGAACAGAAGCACGGCACAGACGCCAUCAAGGGAGUCCGUAAAUACGAGAGGAGAGUCAAGGAGCUGAGCUACCAGGCUGAAGAGGACAAGAAGAACAUUCUGAGACUUCAGGACCUGGUGGACAAACUUCAGCUGAAGGUCAAGGCCUACAAGAGGCAGUCUGAGGAAGCUGAGGAAGCUGCCAACGUUCACCUUUCCAAGCUCAGGAAGGUGCAGCAUGAGCUGGAAGAGGCAGAGGAGCGGGCCGACAUUGCCGAGUCUCAGGUCAACAAGCUGAGAGCCAAGAGCCGUGACGCCGGAUCCAAGGGCAAGGAUGAAGAGUAAAUCUGCUGACCUGAAGCUUCUUUUGUAAUCCCAGAAAUCCACAAAAUGUGAAUUUCUUUGUAAUGUUUUGUAAAAUGUUCAUUGUAUAAUAAAGCAUUCAGUGUAA